AUGCCUAUUCUUCAGAUUCUCACUAACGUCACGGAGGAUAAUAUUCCAAAGGACUACUUGACUGAGCUAACUUCUGUUCUUGCAGAAGCGACCAAAAAGGAAAAGAAGUAUAUGUGCAUCCAUGUAAGUCCAAACCAGAAGAUGAGUUUCGGUGGGUCUACCGCACCUUGUGCCAUCGCUAACGUGAUUUGUUUAGGGCAACAAGGAGUGGAGGAAAACAAGAUCAUCACGAAGCUUAUCACUGCAGCACUGGGCAAGAUCAACGUGACCCCUGACAGGAUGUACGUGAUAUUCAGAGACAUAGCUGGGCAGGAUGUUGGUUACAACAACACCACUUGUGCGGGCGUGUCAUAA